AUGGCGACGUACUUUAGACAGCUUCUUUUUGGGAUUUCAAAGUCGGAAGCGAAAUCUUGUAAGGUCAAAAAAAGUGGGAUGUCAAUACACCCUCUGUUGCGGGAAUCUGGUUUCUUCGGCCGUUUGUUGACACAACAAGUCAAGGGGCUUUAAAAUCCGCAAUGGAACAUUACGAUGGGUGUUUUUUUUUGUUUUUUUUUUGGGCCACACGUGGCUGGAAAAUCAUUGGAGAGCAACAAAAAUAACAAAAACUUUAAGAAAUUUUUGUAUUUUUGAAGAUUUUCGAUUUAUAAAUUUUGAUGGUUUCUGCAAAGCGCGAGCUGAGAGUCUCUUUUUUUUAAAGGUGUGUAGACAUUUGGUCGCGAGUCCGCGCCGUGCAAAAACCUCUAUUUUGCACCGUGCAUUUCAGAUUUUGCACUGUGCAAAAGCGAAAAAACGCACAGUGCAAAAUAUGUCAAUGUGGAAGCCGGCGAAGAUCAAGGAGAACAUGCCAAAUAUGGUCCCAAUGUGCCUGCAAACUCCAGUCCAGCCAACUUCCACCCCGCAGCCUUCAUCUACACUCCCCUACCCACACUGGAGGUCAGUCUUCGGGUCAAUAAUCAUCAUCCUUCCUCAUGGUGA